UUGAAUUGUUCAUCUGCAAGACAUCACGAGCAAAUACAUCUCACGAUCUAAACGUACUUCCAGCCAUUAUAACACAUUGACUUGUAACGGACAUCACCCCGAUCAAGCCAUAUCGACAAUGAUCUCCGAAACAGCACCAGCUCAAACCCACCACCAGGCCCAAACCACAGCCUCGGAUAUCAAAGACAGAGCUUUUGUUUCACUUUACAACGACACCGACAUAAGCGAAUACCUCUACAAGCAACCUGCAUUCCAAAAUGGCUUUCUGCCCCUAGAACCGGAACCAGAACAGACCAAACAGUCCCAUGCUGCGACCACACCCCAACAAACCACAACCAAGACGACUGCGGCAGCCACACCCCUCAAGUCCGCCAUGAAAACUUCUCCUCAAUCAACGCCCGCAAAGGUCGUCGAGAGAAGACCUAGCUUCAUUGAAGUCUCAGUACCUCAUUCCCACCAACACCAACACGAACACAAGCACCAGCAUCAAGAAAGACGGCACUCAUCCGAGACACACCCGCCUAUGAAUUGGUGGCCCGAGACUGAGAAUGUCGCCCAGCAUACGUGGGUUGAGCGGAACCAGGUGUCGUCCGACGAGAAAGAGGAUGUCAUUGAGGAGACGUUCUAUGCUUCCUAUUGAUUGAAACACUACCAUGAUUUGAUGACUUGACGCUUCUAUGACACUGGAGAGGUUUCUUGAGAGGGCACGGCAGGACGAUAAUCAGUCACCUGCUUCAUUUUGGGAGGUGCUUGGGUACAGGACAUGAUUCGUGGCACAGACAAUGGUGUCUACGUAUAUGUAUAUCUGGAUAUAAGGAGUUCUCCAGUCUACACUACUUGUUAAAUACUAUGGUUUUGAGCCAACAUUUCGAAAA